AUGCCUAAGAUCAUGAUCCCUAAGGCUGCACGCGCUCUAAUGCAGAGAGAGAACAAUUCUUUAGACAAAGACAAAGUGGGAUCGUCCAUCAAGCCUGACAGUAUUCUAUCUGAUUCAUCCCAUUCCCAAGACAGCACUUCUGCUGAUCCUCAAACGCGAAAGGAGCAUAAAUGCAUCCGAAAGCUCAAAGAAGAAUGUCACCUGGCAAACAUUGCUGUCUCCGAUAACGUCAUCUUUCGCUUUGCUUGUUUUUACAAUUUCAACUUUGACAAGGCUCGACCUGCCAUGUUGGAGAAGUUUGAUGAUCCUCAUCUACACCUUCGAAUGGAAGACCAGCUGUACGAACAGUUCCAAAAAAAGGUCAUGUUUCCCCUACCGGGUCUCAGGACAAAGAACAUGAAGCACGAAGUACUCUACUUUCGUCCCAGCCGACACUUGCCAACAAAGAUGGAUACUGAUUUGUGUAUCAGGAAUAUGACCUACGUUUUCAAUUCCAUGAGCUUGACUGAAGAACAAUGCCGCAAUGGAAUUGCAUUCAUAAGCGAUUUCAACCAUUGGACAUUUAGCAAGAACGUCUCAAUCGCAGACUCCCAUAAGUUUUCCAUGGCACUUCAGGGUCAAGUACCCACAAAGGUAGAAAAAAUUUUAAUUGUGAACGCCCCAAGCUGGUUUCCGAAACUUUAUCGGCACUUCUUCAAGAAGAUGUUGAGCAAAUCAUUCGCUAAAAGAGUACAUAUCCUAAAGCACCCACAGCAGUUACAAGAUCAUUUGAUGGAUGGCUGCGAAAAGUAUUUGCCAGUCGAAUUGGGUUACUCUGUCGACUCAACAGAGAUUGUUGAGGAUUUUGUCGACUUUAAGCGUUACACUGAAUCAAUCCAUUCAAUGAGAGCAUCAUGA